AUGGACGAGGUGGACGUGAGGUGCCUCGAAUGCAGGAAAUGGAAGCAGCACUACUACUGGAAUCAUUUUGAAGCCACAAAGAGGCGUUUCUUCAAGGUUCUGAUUGCUGAUUUCUCAAGAAAACUCAGCAUCCCCAGGAAGUUUGUGCUGCACUUCAAGGACUUACCGAAGGAUGCAAAGCUGAAAGGGCCAAGCGGAAACCUAUGGAACGUCAAGCUGAAGAGAAGCGGUGACGAUGUUGCUUUCACGGGUGGGUGGAGUAAGUUUGCAGAAGACCAUCUGCUGGAGCUAGGGGACUUCCUCGUCUUCAGAUACAUCGGCGAUUCAUGUUUCAAGGUGUUGGUCUUCGACAAGACUGCCUGCGAGAAGGAGCACUCGUACUUUAUAGGAGAGAAGACAGCUGCAGAGGUUGGCGACGCAUGCCCUUCACGGGGCAGCAAGCACAAGUCCGUAGAACCACCGUUGGAAGACGAUCAGAAGUGCAGCGACGGCGAGUCGGCCAAUGCAGCAGCAGAGCAUGCUUCGGACCGCAACCCCAUCAUGUCUGCAGAUGACGUGAAGCAUGAGCACGAGAAAGGAAACGUAGAAGAGAACAUGACAAAGAUGAGAUCAAGUUCAUCGUCCAUCAACCCUACCAGGAGACCUGCCACUGCGGAGGAGAAACAAAGAGCUCUGAGUCUCGCCCGUUCAAUGAAAACAGCACAUCCAUCAUUUAUAGCAGAGCUGAGGCAAAGUAAUGUCAGCCAAAGUUAUGUUUUGGUUAUCCCACAUGGAUUUGCAGUACAAAACAUGCCUGGAUGCGAUCAAAGCGCCCUCCUCCGUCUGCCCAGUGGUGGAACCUGGCAAGUCAACUAUAUUGUGCAUUACAAGGCAACUAAGUUCGGCUCAGGAUGGAGGCAGUUCGUAGUGGAUAAUGAACUGGAAAAGGAUGAUGUGUGUCUCUUUGAGAUCAUCAGAGCAAAGAACUACGACUUCGUCUUGGAGGUCAACAUCUUUCGAGCAGUAACGCCGGCCAUCGUGCUGCCGACCGAGCUCUCGACUGAAGGAAAGGGUAAGACAAAAGGCCGUGAUCCGAUCGAGGUGGUGGCACGUCGAUAG